AUUUUCCCGAAAACAAUGCUUGGAUAUGGUUCGCACAAACUUCAGAGAACUCUAGCUUUGUGGUUCGCUUGAGCUCAUUUAUUGAGAGCAAAAUUAUUAACAUCGCGGCUAAUGAAUCAUAUAUCAUAGACAAUAAUUCACAUUCGAUCAACUCGUGGCUUGAAUACGGCUGUUUAGUUUUCAAGUCUUCGUCUGGUUAUCAUUUCAAGUUGACGUUUUUGAAUGAUAUCUUGGACUUAGGAAAGACGCCUGAAUUAUAUUACCCAAAAUAUAACAAGAUAGCUUUUGGUUUAGGAUCGGACCCAUUGAAGUACAAUGUAUUCAUAUUAGAAUCUAAAUACGACGACAUGUUGGAGCUGUACACGGAUGCUAUUUGGUUGAAAAUGGACGGAAAUGGGCCGUAUGCUAUUGGAAUCAUUAUUUCAACUAUACCUACAAGAAAAGAUUAUAGAAGACACAUACUUGUUGACGAUGUUGCAACAAUAACUUAUUCAUCGUCAGAGAUUGAUGAUGUUCAAGAAAAUAGUAAUGUCACUACCACAGUAUGGAUUGUCACCUCUUUAAGACACCCGAACAUUGCAGUGAAAUUUAUCAACUUCUCUUAUGGAACAUCUGAAUUUAAUUUUAUUACUAUUGGAUACGGUCUCAAUCCCGAAUUGUCGUCCUCAAUCCUUUACCACGGUCUUGCCUUAGAUUUCAAAAGAACGCUUCCCGAUGAUUUCAUCAUCCACUAUUCAACAUUCUGGGUUCGACAUACCUCAUACCGCCGAAUAAAUGAUACAAGUUUUUCUCUUGAGCUUCGAGGCCUACCAAAUACAGAUAAUUUAUUAUGCCCUACAAAGUUCGGCGUAACUAAGGAAGAUACCUGUGACGAUGAGUUUGAUUGUCCUGAUCUUAGAGACGAAAUUGACUGCACUGAUGCAGGUUUCUCUUGCGGCCAAAGACCUCUUCACUCGGGCAUACGUACCAAAAGGAUAAUCGGUGGAUCGGAACCUCUGCCUGGUAGCUGGCCAUGGCAAGGUCUCAUCUUCGAGUAUAAUAAAAAAAUGUGUGGAUGUACCCUAAUCAAUGAAUUAUGGGUAAUUUCAGCAGCACAUUGCUUUUCAUUAGUUUUUGGAGCACUUGCAGAUGGAGAUAGUGGUGGACCACUCGUUUGCCUUGGAGAAGAUGAGAAGUGGUACCUAGUUGGGUUAACGAGCUUUGGGUAUCGCUGUGCCGAACGGUUUCGACCUGCAGUUUAUCAUCGAAUUAUCCCGUAUCUAGAUUUUGUUGAUAAAAUUAUGAAUGCAGCUUUCCAAUGCACGUUAAAUUCAGGUUGA